AUGCUGACUUAUAAUGAAAUUCUGGCCAUUGUAUACCUACAACUAAUUGGAAUUGGAUUCAUAGGCAACUGUAUCCUUCUAUUCCUAAACACCUUUUCUUUCCUCAUUAUUUAUAGAAGACUAAAAAAUCUAAUUAUCAUUCAAUUGGCCUUUUCGAAUGCCAUGCUGCUUCUCUUCAGGGGAAUGCCUACUAUCACAAGGCUUUUGAGGGUGAAAUGUUUACUGGACAACUUUGGGAUUAGGAUUAUAACAUAUAUGCAGACAAUACCCCGAGGACUCUCCCUAGGGAGCACUUGCCUCUUGAGUGCCUUCCAGGCCAUCACUAUUAGUCCCAACAAUUCCAUAUGGGCACAGCUCAAAAUGAAAAUAUCAAAGUUCACCAAUCCAUGUAUUCUUCUUUGCUGGGUCUUCAAUUUACUAUUAGAUGUGGUUGUACCUAUAUACUACACUGGUUCAAAGAACAGCACAGAUAUUAAGGAUGGGUGUAACACUGGUUAUAGGAUUAUUGAUAUGUAUGAUCAGAAUCAUAUGAUGUUUGCAAUCAUAACAUGUGUCCAUGAUUAUUUGUUUCUGUUUCUCAUGACCUGUUCUAGUGCUUAUAUGAUCUUAAUUCUAGACAGACACAAGAAGCAUGUCAAACAUAUUCAUAGUAAUAGCCACUCCAUAAAAAUAUCUGCUGAAACCAGAGCCACCCAAGCUAUACUGUUUUUAGUGGGCACCUUCAUUUUGUUUAAUGUGUUCAGUCCUAUUCUUAUCUUGCAUAUGCUUUAUUUUAAAUAUACAAACAAUUGGGUGACACAUAGUUCAAACUUUCUCUCUCUUGGGUAUCCAACAGUCAGCCCUUUUAUUCUGAUUAGCAUUGAUAACAAGAUGCUCAAAUCUUUGCUCACUGAUAGGUCAAAAGGCUACAUAGUCUCACAUCCUCAGAAAUAA